CUGGAUUCUGCAUUCGGUAUCACCCGCAGGCAAACGCCUCGGUCGCUGUUUUGAUUAGGAAUUGGCUCUUGAAGAUGAAUUCGCAGAAUCUACCUACAAGCUCCAGGACGUGGAAUGGUCUCGCUAUUCAAUUGACCCAUGCUAGCACUCUGAUCUUUGUCUAAUACCUUCAAUGGUAUUGCUAGAACAUUCGCUCAAGGCUUUCGGACCAGAUAGAGAUGCCAGUCAACGCACGGCUGUUUGCCUUCCUACCUUACCUAUAGCUACCUAGCCAUGUAUAUUCGCCAUGGAUAAGGGAGCGGGACCGUCUCGGUCAUUUCUCUUUACUCGGUUAGGUUGCCGCGUACCAAGCUCAUUACCCCGUCGUAUAAACAAAAGCUACCAUCAGCUCGGGAAAAGAGUCGGACUCUAAGCAACUUCUAGCCGGCUCAUAUCGUCACAUGGUCGGCCGGAAGUUAAGGAUCAUCAAAUAUACAUGUCAGAUAAACAUAUCAGGGUGGUAUUUUACUCCUUGUACAGCGGCGCCUGACCUUUGAUUGUGGAGAGUUGGAGAUUUGGGGAACCAGCAAGAGGCAAAUGUGGGGUAGGAACGCUUCCUUCCCCUGAAGUACUACGUUACUAGUAUUCUUGGGCCACGCAACCUCACUUCACCGCCGACUUUCGCUUCAAUCUCCGCGAUAUCAGGUGGGGUAUGUGGACUACAGCGUAUCUAGGCGAGCAUCAACACGACAUUGCCCACAUGCGCCAUACGCGAAGUGCGCCGUACAAAACGAUGGCUAUCGCCGUCGAGGUGCCAUCAUGGAGGUAUCCAAGAGUCAUCCCCUGACUGAUUCCUCAGCUGCGGUGCAACAACGGGCCUGCUCUUGUCAUUGGACUUUGAUAUUGCCAAGAUGCGAUCCUCCGCCCUUAUUGCCGCCGCCCUUGUGGCGCCCGUUGCGGCAGUCUCGUCGUAUGCGGAGAGCAUGCCGAAGAAUGCGCAAUCCCUCUUCACUGAAGCGAUGAGCUGGAUGGACAAUUACUACGACAAGAGCGAGGGAUACCUAUACGACUUUUCGAAUGCGGCCGCCUUGCGAUAUGAAACACGCAGCUCUGCUUGGUAUGCAUUUGGUCUCCUGGCCCGCAACGCCAAUGACGAUGUGCUCGAGGCAGAGAAGGUCAUCACCAACAUCAUCGAAGGACAAUACAAGGACCCGAAGGAUGAGUGGUACGGCGAUUAUCAACAGCAACCCGGGGAGCCGAUGGUCGGGAGCCAAUACUAUCCCGCUACCAUAUACGGCAGCUGGGAUCCCAACUGGAGGGGCUUUGUCGGCACAACAUUCAUCAUGUGUCUCGAAGAAUUCUCCGACUUGAUCAGUGAUCCUACCAAGGACUUGAUGCUCGCUUCUCUUCGGAACGCCACCAAGGGGGAUGAGUACAGAUUUGGAAACCUUGAUCCAAAGCGGGACAACCUCUACCCCGCCUACAGCAACCCUGCGAUCAUGCGAGCCUUCAUGUCUGGCUGGACAGGCCGGAAAUUGAACGAGGAGAACAUGACCCGGAGCGGAGAAAUGUAUGCAAAGGAAAUCAUCGACCUCUUCAACAGGGCGGAUACCCUCUCGGAGUUCAACAGCGGAACUUACACGGGAGUUUCUAUUUACGGGCUUUUGCUCUGGUCCAAGUACAUUCAGGCCGAGAACUCAACCAUGACCAUCAACGGACCCCGGAUGCUGAAGAGUACUUGGGAGGCGGUCUCCCAGUUGUACCAGCCCAAUUUUAGAACUGGAGCUGGACCGUGGGACCGUGCUUAUGGCUAUGACGAGAACCGCUAUCUCUCGCUCAUGUCGCUCUGGAUCUGGACUCUGGUUGGAAAGGAGUCGAGCUCCCUUGCUGGCAAGCCCGCAUCUGUCAUGUCGCAUUCGGCCGACUUUGCCUGGGCGCCUCUGUUUGCAGCUCUGGCCGAGACAAACGAAAGGCUCAUCAGUGACGACGUCAAGAAGAGCUUGACGACUUUCAUUGGGGAGCACACUUUUACUGCCUCGGCAUUUUCGCCUCCUUUUGACCUGGUUCCCCGAAACAUUACGACUUGGAUGUCAGACAAGGUCACCAUCGGUGCCGAAUCAUUUGACGAGAUCGUUGUCGGAGGGCCUGCACGGUCUCGAGAGGCGUUCAACCCGGCAGUGAUCCAGUGGAAUUCCGGAGACGAGAUUUCAUUCAUCACCCUCUGGCCCACCGAGUUCGCCCUGGAUGCUGAAGUCAGUGCCGGCAGGCUAAGCCUGUCAUAUCCCCGCGGCAGCGCUGCCUCGCAGUUCAGCUUCAUGGUUGGUACACACAAGCGUAGGGUUAACAUCAACGGCUGGGAAGACCUCAUCGGGCUGAAGGUCAAUGUUUCGGGCACUGUCAACACGACACACACUCUCCAGUUCGCAGGUGCCUAUGGCGGCGCUCUCUCGACAGUGCGGGACUUUGAGUUUUGGAACUUUACCUACUACAUGCCAUCUGAGGGGGCUCAGGCUAUUCCCAACAUUGUGCUGGAUGUGGCAGCCGUUUGAGUUGGAGGGUUACUGUGGCGUCUCUUGUGGCCCAAAGCUGACCAAAGCGCUAGCCUCUUUAAUAUCAAAGCUACAAGUUCUCGUGUCACCGAUUAUUUGCCAUUUCAUGGACCCCUAAAUCGAGCCUCGGUAUAUUGUGGACACAAUGCAUCGCCAAGCUCCAAUGUCUCUUUUAAAUCCGAGUGUUGUUUCAGUCUUGC